UACACGGUCGAGGCGGAUGGACGCAACCUGCUCUACUCUCCAUCCAUCAAACCUUUUACACUGAACCGUCUCACCACAUCGUUAGCAGAAGAUCCUUGCACGAGAUCCUGCUGCUGUACCGUUGAAAGGUUCGUCCUCCACAAGCCGUUGAUCGGUCGAAGUGGUGUACCGUGCUCACUGCCAGUAUGCCUGAUCCUGUCUGAUUCCCAAGAAGUAAAAUUCCAGAAACUACGGUGAGCAACAGUGUGUGUUCGGUGUCGCUACUGCUCCAAAUGUUUUGCUGUCCUGCGUUAUGAAAGUUGUGAAAAUCGAGUCCAAAACGUCGACCGAUCGUGCAAUGAAUGGACGCUGCGUGCUGUGCUAUGCUGUCUAGCCGCUGACCAUUUGUUUGGUGACCAAUUUUUUCAGGAAACAGCUGCCCAGUCCUCCGUCCUCGUCGUCCUUUCGUGUACGUGCGUUUGUUCGUGACGUUGUCGCUGGCGUGUGGUGAUGCGUUGGUGUCAUGCCGGUUGCCAACAAUAGCACCAGACAGUGAACUUCAUCCUAAAAAUAGUAGUGCUUCCAUCGUGCGCCCACGGUCAAGAAUACGUCUGUGAAACGCACCUCAGCUGGCCUCAUCCAGUCCGUUUCGAGUGCUUUCGGGACUAAAUAGACCUGUGUUUGCCGAUUGUGGUUUGUGCAGUGUCUUUGUGGGUGUAGAUAAUUGUGCCUUUUCGAUCGUCGAACGUGCGGCUGGGUCGGUGAAAUGCAAUAAGGAUCCGGAUACCGAGCAUAUCAACUCCAGCCACAGGAAGGCUUAAUAACCGGUUGAUCGGCCGUCUCUAUCUACAGUUGAUUGCAGUUCCAUAAUCGACACCAACGAAGAAGCAUUCAGCAAGCAGCUCAUCAAUGCCAGCAUACGCCGAGAUGUUGGUGUCACAAAGUCCUUCUGCAUUCAGCCAUCCGCUAUCAACGGACUACAAGACCGGUCCUGGAUCACCGUUGGGCAAUGGUGAUGGUGUUGGCAGCCCCGGGCUUGAUAGUGGUGUUGUAGGUCCAACCUUUUUCGGUGGAACACCGGCCAUGCACAGCUACUAUCGGCCAGCUUCGCUGCAGCUCUCCCAGAACCCGGCAGGGACAGCAGUAAAUGGGCCAGCACCGUUCCGUCGACAGCUUACGCCACCCUGCCUUAGCCCUACCGGCGGAAAGAUACCAUCCUCACCGCUUCGUUCGUGUCUUGUUGUGCGGCCGGAAGACAGUACACCCGAGACGCCAUGCACUCAACCAGAGCACAGCAGUUCGCCGGACCCAUUGGGCAACAGUUCCACAAAGAAGGACACCGACACGCAGCAUUUCCAAUCUGCAGCUAGUGACAGUGUGCAUGCAUCAGUAGCAACGGCAGCAGCAGCAGCAGCCGCAGCCGCUGCCGCAGUGGCUGCUCGCAACAAGAAGAAGGUUGUGUUCGCGGAUGACCAGGGCGGUCAGUUGACGCAGGUGCGCGUGAUGCGUGAACCUUCGUACAUGCCCCCGAUCUGGAGUCUACAGUUCCUGGCUCACGUCACGCAGGGCAUGAUCAGCCCGGUACCACAGGAACAAUGGGUUGUGGACUUUGUGCAGCCGGCCAGCGACUAUGUACGCUUCAGACAAAAGCUGGACGAGCGGAACGUGUCGCUGGAGAAUGUCAUCAUCAAGGAGACCGAGCAACUGAUCGUGGGCACGGUCAAGGUGAAAAACCUCUCCUUCCAUAAAGAAGUGAUCCUCCGUUCGUCCUGCGAUAAUUGGAAAACGCACGAGGAUACCUUUUGUACCUACAGUGUGGUCGGAAAUGGAGCUGCUUCCGCGUAUCUCAUCUUUGACACAUUCUCCUUCAAGCUAACUCUUCCACCUAAGUCCAGACGGAUUGAGUUUUGUGCCUGUUUCAAGUGCGAUGGUGUCGAGUACUGGGACAACAAUGAUGGUCGCAACUACUCCCUGACGAAUCGCGUCGCUCCACGACAGGAUUCUGGGGACUUUCUGCCAUCAUCGGGCGCCGAUGUGUUUAGCAGCCACGGCCGUAACAACGCGAGGACGAAUGGAAGCAGUGGCUUCUCAUCGCCUUACGUGGAUCCGACGGCGGAGCUCGACACGUGGACCGAUAUGACCGUCGAAACACAAUCGGGCCCCUACUGCAGUACAUACGACUGCUCGACAGAGCACGUGGAGUCAACAUGUGGCGAACCGUGCGCCACAAAUUACUUGCAGAUGCGACCGAUCGAUAUGGACGCGUCGCGCCUUACUGCGUGCCACAGGAUGGGGACGGGAGGACGGCGGGGUAGCACUGGGGAGGAGUUUACACUUUCCCUAAAGCCGCACCUACAGCCACCGACCGGUGCCAAAAGCAUGAACGAUCUACACGGACCGACUCCACUGGGACGCAGUGCUAGUAGCGGAAAGCUGUUCUUCAUACGCGAAAGGAACGAGGGCGAAGAUUUGCUAGCCAAUCUACUUCGGCUGCGCAAACUGAUGCAAACUCAAACUCAGUGAAUCGAUGAGGUGUGACUGAAAGUGUGGAAUUUACUCCGCCAAUCCGCAUGGCGCUAUGCCCUUCUAGCCGGUAGUGGAUGCUGUGGUCAUGUUCAAUCGUUCUAGAUUUCUUUCAUCGUGAGCAGAAUACAUUAGUGAACAACCUGCAGGUGAACGUUCAUAAUUAUAAAAGCAAAAGCAAUGCUGCGUUGAUAGGCAGAUCUUGUAGGUGAUAAGAAGCACGUGAUAAGCGGAGGGAGGAGUUUGUGAACCUGAGCAAGAGAUUCGCGGUUGUUUGGCAAAGAGAAGUUGUCCGUAGAUGGCAACCGAUGCUGCAAAGGAUAGGACCACUAAUACUAAUUUUAUAACCAUAUUUACAUACGGCAACUAAAAGACUGAUUGUGUCCACAAACUACAACUAAAUCUGAUACACUGUACGUGAAAUCAUAAAUCACUGUGGACGAUGAGAUACUAUUUAAAAGCAAAACUAGCUAUUCAGCAGCGAGAGAGGACGAGGUGAUUGACUUUAAUACUCAGAAGGAAAUUAAAUGGGGUUUAUGUUCCAUCCGGACUGUGAAGCGAGAGGCAGGGUGUAGUGCUGUGUAGCGUUUUGCUUAAACUCUCGACAAAACAUUUGAGAGCAAAUCGACCGAAUCGUCCCUCAUAUGCCAGAAUGUGCCACAAUCGACAUUUGUUUUACAAGUUUGUGGCAACUUCGUUAAUUUAUGUUCGUUUUUGUAUGAAAUGGCACGACAAUGCAACAAACAAUAUAAAAAUCGAACAGUAACGUGGAACAAUCUACGUCCUCAUGAAAGAUUUUAAAUAACGAUUUCUUCUUUUAAAGUUAAGGUAAAUGCUAUUCAAUCUCGCCGUUGUGCGGGUUAGUGUUUGAAUAGACGAAGUUGUUGCAAGAAUGGACGGUGAUUUUAAAAGAAUGUAUCUAUAAGAGAACGUUCGUUAGAUAAACUUAAGCUCACAUUAGUGCCGUAUGCCAGUCCAGAAGGCGAAAGAAGUGGUAGUCGAAUAAAGUUUGUUAUCUUGAAGAGUGAUUUCUGAGUCAACGAUCGUGAAUGUGAGCAACAUCAACUCCUCGGAUCCCAUUUAGCUGGCCAGUCAAGUACGAAUGCGUGAUCAUACUGAGGGCUUGCCUUUCCUAACAUUGAUGAUUGCCGCUGUUUUAUUUUAAGUGUAAAAUCCUGCUUCACACGACGCACUGACGAUUGAAUGCGCCAGUGCUUAUGGGGAGUGUCGCAAGAAGGCUGUAAAUAUCGUUUAGCACAAGGUCCCGCAGCUCUGGAACACUUUGUUAGAAUGAAACUGUAAAACCAGGAUCUUGUAUGUGUAAAAAUCGUUUCAUAAAGUAGCUUUAGUAGAAUAUUACAAAUUUAGGCAGUGCGAAGUGAGCAAAGCCGAACAGAAUUAAUAAACUCAAUCUUACAAAACA